UCUCAUUCUUUCUUACCAAUUUCUAUUUCUCCUCUUCUUUUUCUUUUUCGAUUUUAUUCAUAUUUUCAUCACUAUGAUUCAGUUUCUACGAUCCUCAUCUUUGAAUUUCUUCCACCUCCCAACUUCUCUCUAUUUUGAGUCUUCUGUGGCGGCGCUCCGGUGCGGCGGUCGUCGGGCUCAGUAUUGCUCCAAAUUUGUCCGGCCGACAUGUCGUUUUGAAUCCACUCAAGCAACACGACAUGUGGAUCAACUUUAUCUUCCUAACCAUGAUCCUCAGGAGUUGGAUUUUCCCGGAGGAAGAGUUCCAUUUACAAAUGAAAUGAGAUUCAUUGCUGAGUCGACUCAACAGCGAGUUCCAUGUUAUCGUGUGCUUCAUGAAAAUGGGGACACAAUUACAUCAAACAAUUUCACUCAGUUGAGCAAAGACGUAGCGAUUAAGAUGUACAAAGACAUGAUUACGCUUCAAAUAAUGGACAACAUAUUCUACGAAGCACAAAGACAAGGAAGAAUCUCAUUUUACUUAACUUCAUCCGGAGAAGAAGCAAUUGCCAUUGCUUCUGCAGCUGCACUUCUCCCCGACGACAUCGUUUUGGCUCAGUACAGAGAGCCCGGAGUGUUGUUAUGGCGUGGGUUUACGUUGCAAGAAUUUGCAAAUCAAUUGUUUGGAAACAAAUUUGAUUAUGGAAAGGGUAGACAAAUGCCCAUUCACUAUGGCUCCAACCAUCACAAUUACUUCACCAUUUCAUCUCCCCUUGGAACACAACUUCCACAAGCUGUUGCCAUUGCUUAUUCUCUUAAAAUGGAUAGAAAAGAUGCAUGCGCUGUGGCUUAUUUUGGAGAUGGCACCACUAGCGAGGGGGAUUUUCACGCGGCAUUGAACUUCGCAGCCGUAUUAGGAGCGCCGGUGAUAUUCAUCUGCCGCAACAACGGUUGGGCGAUCAGCACUUCCGUUGAAGAACAAUUCCGAAGCGACGGCGUGGUGGUGAAAGGCCAAGGCUACGGAAUCCGAAGCAUUCGAAUCGAUGGAAACGACGCCUUAGCCGUUUACAGCGCAGUUCGCAGAGCUCGAUCGAUGGCGAUCGCAGAGCAAAUGCCGAUUCUCAUCGAGGCUUUGACUUACAGAGUUGGCCACCAUUCAACCUCCGAUGAUUCGAGUAAGUACCGCGCCAUUGAUGAGAUUCAAUACUGGAAAAUGGAGAGGAAUCCUGUGGAUCGCUUUGCUAAAUGGCUAUCUAAUAAUGUAUGGUUGAAUCAAGAAGAUGAUUCCAACCACAAAACCACCGUCAAAAAACAGUUGUUGCAAGCAAUUCAAAAUGCAGAGAAAACAGAGAAGCCUCCACUUUCAGAGUUGUUCAAUGAUGUUUAUGAUCAUUUACCUAAAAACCUUCAAGAACAAGAGGAAGUACUGAGGCAAACAAUGAAGAGAUAUCCUCAAGAUUACCCUUCUGAUCUUGCUCUUUAGAUUCCACCAAACACCAAUUGUCAACUUCCCAAUGGAAGCUUUACCCAAAUAAAUCUAAACUCAUAUCAUCUCAUAUAAUGUAAUAUCAGCUUUGUGGGUUAAUAUCAUGCUCUGAUGCUAUGGCCCUUUGGGAACUCUUGGCAAUGAUGUUGUUAGUGUAAAUUGAUAUGAAACACAAGUUGUAUUA